UUUUCCUGCCCUUCUAUCCAAGAGUGUAGAGAAUUGAUGAUGAUCUGUGCAUUGUGUUAGGUCUGAUCGUAGUUUGACUAGCACAGUCUGGAAGUGGGCUGUGCAGGAUGAGAGAAGCAGCCUAAUUGCUCUUCCUGCAUCAGCAGCAUCUAUACAGCAUCCUGGGAAUUGCUAGCCCGCCCGGUGCUCAGAGCAGCUGGUCACAUGAGCCUGAAUUUUCAGUUCAGUUCAUUAGUCAGCCAUUUUGGUCAACACCCUGCUUACUGCGCACAGCCAAUCCUGUUAGAACUCCGCAUCCCGGAUCGUCUGUGCAGGUCCUGUAGUGAUUUCUGCUGCUCAAAAUUUUUUAAAAUAAAUUGAAAAUAUAGGUUGAUUUUUUUUUGGUAUUUUUUCUUUUGUAUUUUUUUUCUGCACAGAGAAGGAGGAUUUUUUUUUUUCACUUAUUCAUGCUAAUACCAUUUUUUGAAAGACAGCCUUAUAAGACAGCAUUGGGUGUGUAGGAUUUAAGCCUAUAGAUAGCCUGACUUGGAUAAAGGGAAAGAAAGAUAAAAGGAGAGGACGCUGGGAGAAGACAGACACCAUCUAAUUUUGCUGAUAGGAAUUGCCAGUAAGAAAAUAGUGUAGAGUUGAUUGUUUAUUUUGAGCAGUUUUUUCCACAAGGUAUUUUUCUUCUCUUUCCUUUUUUUUUUUUUAAACCUCUCCUAUCCCAUUUUCUAAAAGCUUUGUUUAAGAGCUUGGGAUUUGGGAUUUUUUGAGGGUACAGAGGUCUUAUUUAUUUGUGUGUGUGUGUGUGUGUGUGUGUGUGUGUGUGUGUGUGUGUGUGUUGUGGUCCCAGCUGAGUCAUCAUGUCUGCCCUGACGCCUCCGACUGAUAUGCCAACCCCCACCACUGACAAGAUCACACAGGCUGCCAUGGAGACCAUCUACCUUUGCAAAUUCCGAGUGUCUAUGGAUGGAGAAUGGCUCUGCCUUCGAGAGCUGGAUGACAUCUCCCUGACACCUGACCCAGAGCCUACCCAUGAAGAUCCUAAUUAUCUCAUGGCUAACGAACGCAUGAACCUGAUGAACAUGGCGAAGCUGAGCAUCAAGGGCCUCAUCGAAUCGGCCCUGAACCUGGGGCGGACCCUGGACUCUGACUAUGCACCUCUCCAGCAGUUCUUUGUGGUGAUGGAGCACUGCUUGAAACAUGGCUUGAAAGCCAAGAAAACUUUUCUUGGACAAAACAAAUCCUUCUGGGGGCCUCUAGAGCUGGUGGAAAAGCUCGUUCCAGAAGCUGCAGAGAUAACAGCAAGUGUUAAAGAUCUCCCAGGACUUAAGACACCAGUUGGCAGAGGAAGAGCCUGGCUUCGUUUGGCAUUAAUGCAGAAGAAGCUUUCUGAGUAUAUGAAAGCCUUGAUCAACAAGAAGGAACUUCUCAGUGAGUUCUAUGAAGCCAAUGCCCUCAUGAUGGAAGAAGAAGGAGCUAUUAUUGCUGGUCUCCUGGUGGGCCUGAAUGUCAUCGAUGCCAACUUCUGCAUGAAAGGAGAAGACCUGGACUCUCAGGUUGGAGUUAUAGAUUUUUCAAUGUAUCUCAAAGAUGGAAACAGCAGUAAAGGUAGUGAAGGGGAUGGUCAGAUUACUGCAAUUCUAGACCAGAAGAACUACGUAGAAGAACUCAACAGACAUCUGAAUGCAACUGUGAACAACCUUCAGGGAAAAGUAGAUGCAUUAGAAAAAUCCAACACUAAACUGACAGAGGAGCUUGCGGUCGCCAACAACAGAAUCAUUACCUUACAAGAAGAAAUGGAACGAGUUAAAGAAGAAAGCUCCUAUCUACUGGAAUCCAGUCGGAAGGGUCCUAAACAAGACAGAACUGCAGAAGGGCAAGCACUGAGUGAAGCAAGAAAGCAUCUAAAGGAGGAGACACAGUUACGAUUGGACGUUGAAAAGGAACUGGAACUCCAGAUCAGCAUGAGACAAGAGAUGGAACUGGCUAUGAAGAUGCUGGAGAAGGAUGUCUGUGAGAAGCAGGAUGCCCUGGUGUCUCUGCGGCAGCAACUGGAUGAUCUCAGGGCUCUCAAGCAUGAGCUUGCCUUUAAGCUGCAGAGUUCAGACCUAGGAGUAAAACAGAAAAGUGAACUGAACAGUCGCUUAGAAGAGAAGACUAAUCAGAUGGCUGCCACCAUUAAACAACUGGAGCAAAGUGAAAAAGAUUUGGUGAAACAGGCAAAGACCUUAAAUAGUGCAGCCAAUAAACUGAUCCCAAAACAUCAUUAGACAUUUUACAGUUGGUCACCUCACAAGUCUGAUGUUACAAAAUAACUAAAAGAGGAAGAAGUCAGAAAUUCCUACAUUUAAGCUCUGAUUCUAUAUAAAAUGUCACCAAAAGUUGACCUUGAAUUUGUUGGACUUAAAAAAAAUAGUUGGAUAUACAGGUUGAGUUUUGUUGCUGCUGCUGCUGCUGCUGUUAUUUUCUCCCCCAGAGUUAGAAAUUUUGGUAUGGGUUCCUCAUUAAACAACAAAUAAACUUUGAGAAAUAUUUCUGAGUUGAACAAUAAAUCAAAAGACCAUUUUCAGGAAGCCUGGGGAGCGGAAGCAUUGUCCAUGUGUCCUUGAUAGUGGUCAGACUCUGUAGGUGACCCAUGGCCACAUCAGUGAGCCUGUUGUCUGCAGUGUAAUUAAUUCGUACAGGUGUAACCCGGUGACCUUGGACCUAAAGUAGCUCUGUCUCUUUAGACCGUGACCCCUCUUCUCUUGCCUGUGUAGGUUUAAUCCCCAGCCCAAGGAGAGUAUUUAGUAUUUCAUUACAGUUCUAUUCUCAGUAACCAAGAUUGCUUGCAAUUUAUUUUUUCCUUUAGUGAUUUUGGACAAAAAAAGAAAACAGCACCCUUGCAUUUCUUUAAAGGACGUAGAAACAAAGUAGUAAUUAGGUAGCUCUUAACACUACAGUGUGGAAGCUGACAAACCCCUCUCAACUUGUGUCACCUUCUACCUCUGCCCUUCUCUGUCAUUCUACUUACUGCUUAGGUAGCUCAGAGAGAACACUUUAAUACAAAUACUGUUUUCAAAUCUACCCUGCUUUUCCUCCUGGAUAGAGAGGCCUCAGAGUAGCCACCACUUCCGGCCUGCCAUCCUCACCCGGAACACUUGCCCAAGAGCUUCUAUCACUUUUUCUGUGAUGGGAAUUUGCUAACGGUUCUGGAAAAAUAAUCUAAUUACUAAAAAAAAAAAAUUCAAAUGAGAAAUAAUGUGCUGGCAUUAUUGCUUAGUAUCAAGAUAAAGAUCCUCAAUAGAUAGCCACAGCAAUACUAGCAGGGCUUCUUUUUCUAAGUAACUACAGCUCUAACACUUUCUUGGCUCUACAUUGUAAAUAAUCCUAUAAAUACUUUGAUUUAAAAAAAAAAACUAUUUUUGAUUUGGGGAGGCAGGCUUUUAUAUACACGCGCCUUUACUCCAUCCAAUAGGUUUGACACAAUGCCUGGGAUUUUGUUCCAUGUUUUCUGUCCCUCCUUCUGGCAUGCUCUGUAGCAUUGCCCCUGCUAAAGACAGGCAAAGAUAAUUCCUUUGCUUCAAAUUUUUUACCUUCUUGGCAAACCAGAAUUAAGAGUACAACAGAGUUGGUGUGCUUUUAUAGGUCCUCAAGGGCCUGUGUUAGAGCCAACUUAAUAGAGGAUCCUUGAACUCAUCUAAUCCUUAUAAUCUUGUACCUGUAUAAAUAAAGCUCCUACUGCGUUCUGCUGGCCAUCCAACUUUCAUGAUGACGAGGCACCUUUUACAUGAGCAUUGAAGAGUCGAAACCAGUAAAAGUUAGACUACACGCAGCAUGCCUCUAAAUUCUCCUAUAGAAAGCCUCAAAGGUCUCACCUUGUAAAAAUGCUUCUUUAUAGGUGCAAAGUUAUAAGUCAUUUAGAAGAAAGCAUCCUUAAGAAUCUUCCAGAGCAUAUGGUCAGGAGUCUGUGAACCCCAGUGCUGAGUUCUUUGUCUACCGGGUCACGUAUCACCUGGUAGGAAUGGAAAGGACAGACACAGCCAGACUUUCAGAGAGGCUUGUCCUUAUGGACUCAUGUGAAGCCUGGGUGAGAGUUGCUAGAGGUUACCCUUCAGCUUCCUGUGGUCCAGAGAAGGAUCAGGAAAUCGUGAUAACCCCACAUGACAAGGCAGCUCCACUUGCACAUUGAGCAGUAUGUGGAAGGCAGAAGUAUAAAGUAUCCACCUGUUAGGAAAGAAGGACGGUGGCUUCAGCAUAAAUGCCUGUGUACUUGAGGGUGGUUCUGGAUAUGGAUUUUCAAAAGUGAUGUCUUGUUGUUGAUCAUCUAAUGGCUGUAAACUGUAGUACUAGAAUAAAAAAAAAUAGAAAAUCAGCUCUCCCUCUGCCUGGUUCACCUUCAUCUUGCUUUUCUUUAGAAUUUAUUUCUUCUCCAUCUUUUUCCCCAUCAUAAUUUCUUCCUGUGUCGUGCAUUUUUUUUUUCUCCCUCUGUCUCCCCAUACCUCCUUCCUUGGGCUGUUUUAUUUUGUGUUUGUGAACUUGGUCUUCCUCCCCACCAUGGCUUUUGUUUU